CAUUCUAUAUAGGUAGGUCAGCUUAAAUGAGGACGAUUGGUCAUUCGACGAUCAGAACGAUCAUUGCCGUGGGAUCGUUACGAAUUGUGUUAUUCAGAUACGAAAAUGUUCACGAUUUUCGCAUUUUUCCUCUUUUCUACGGUUCUCGCUAAUGAUGGGAGCUUAAACAAGACGGACUUGAAAUGCGUGGGACAUGCUUUCUAUAACGUGUCCCUUUCCGCAUAUUAUCCUGUAUUUGGGACGGAUGAUAAACGUAAUCACCUAGACGACCAAGGAAAAAUGUUGAAUACUCUCCAGGAUUACCUUGAUGGUCGUGCUCGUUACGUCACUGUCGCUGGAAAUUUGAGAUCUGGCAUUCCAUAUGGAACGAAAAUAUGCAUAGAAAAGUUGAAUGAGCAAUUCAGAAGGCAACUUCACUUGCAGAUAAGAGACCAGAUUGAUUACGAAAACAAUGACGCCACACUCGAUUUCUCGAGAUUAGAGAUUUGUGUUAGGUCCGAGGAGGAUACUUAUGACACCUAUUUUAAUGGUCUUGUCACUGUCUAUGUGUAAUAACCAUAUAAAAAUUAUGUACUUAAUUCUUAUCAACUUCACACACACACUAAUGCUUAAUCGCCAAUAAUAAUGUUAAAUUCCUAUUUUAUAUGUGCUAGUAUAUAAAAAAUAAAAUAAAAUUAUAUUUAUAUGCACAUAUGCAUAAACAAA